AUGAGGAAAACAGCGAUACAAGAUCAAGUGAGAAAAUACCUUCCGAGAUCUGAGGAACUUCUCAACGUAACCGAGCAAGUGAACGUACAAGAUAUUGAUAAACUAACAUACGCCACGCUCGUCGUGGAUACCGAAACUUCGAUAUGUGUGGAACAAGAAAGUCCGUUCAUGUAUGGUAGUGGUUUGUGCCGAAAAAAGCAGGGUUUACUGCAUUCUCUAAAAUGGGAUGAGGACGACAAAGAACAAUUUUUUAAUGCGCUUUCACGCUGUGGCAAACACAAUCCGGAGGAGAUCGCCCGGAGAAUUGGUAAAAAUGUAAUAAGCGUGAUGAUGUAUCUUGACUUGCUGGAAUCCGAGCUUAAUUAUUAUAAAAUGAUUGGAACGGUAAAAUCAUUGGAUUUGUGUGAAUUUCCGUCGGCUAGGGAGAUGAGUGAUCAAUGGCUAGAGAUGGAAGAAAGCCAGAGUAAGUUUUUGUGUGAGAGGGAACAACGCGAGGCAUUGAUGACCGCGGACGUGGAGAAUUACCAACCAAUUCCCGCUGAGGUGUUGAGGAAGCUCGAGCUAUUUCAUUUGAAAAAUGCUUUACUCUUGGCUCAUCAGCGUUACACUAAGCACCUGAACACGGCGAUUUUACGCUCUACCUUUGUCUCGUUUCAUGAUCUCAUACGUGACUGGUUAAACGUUGUCAUAAAUGACAUAUUAACCUUGAUGCAAGCAUGUCCGAUUAGCGAUCAUCCAGACAAUUUAGAUGAUAAGUCAAUAAGCGCAGAAAAUAAUUUGGAGUUACCGAAUCUCGAAUUAAUAACAAUCAGCGAUGAAUUAACAAAUAGUUUGGGUCCAUCGAAUAACGAAUCAGUAGCAAUCAAUAAUCCAAACCAAACGUUUGUAAUGGAACAUUUUGAACCAGAAACCUCUGAACAACCUCGAAGCGAUGAAUUAACAAAUAGUUUGGGUCCAUCGAAUAACGAAUCAGUAGCAAUCAAUAAUUCAAACCAAAUGCUUGUAACGGAACGUUUUGAACCAGAAACCUCUGAACCACCUCGAAGCGAUGAAUUAACAAAUAGUUUGGGUCCAUCGAAUAACGAAUCAGUAGCAAUCAAUAAUCCAAACCAAAUGCUUGUAACGGAACGUUUUGAACCAGAAACCUCUGAACAACCUCGAAGCGAUGAAUUAACAAAUAGUUUGGGUCCAUCGAAUAACGAAUCAGUAGCAAUCAAUAAUCCAAACCAAACGUUUGUAACGGAACGUUUUGAAUCAGAAACCUCUGAACCACCUCGAAGCAUCCUAUUACGAAGCAUAAAUUACGCUGUAGAAGUCCCUGAACCAUCUCAAUCAAGCCAUACGCCAAAUGUUGCAGUCCCUGGACCAUCUUAUACCGGCAACCAAUAUCCAAACAUAAAUUUUGCAAUGGAAAAUUGUGAACCAUUAGUCCCUGGAUAUCGAAACAUAGAUUUUGUAAUGGAAAAUCGUGAACCAGUAGUCCCCGGACCAUCUUAUACCGGCAACCGAUAUCCAAACAUGAAUUUUGUGGAAAAUCGUGAACCAGUAGUCCCCGGACCAUCUUAUACCGGCAACCGAUAUCCAAACAUGAAUUUU